GAGUCCUGACUCUAUAUAGGCUGUUCGAUCUUCGAUCAGAGCCGUUAGGCACUUAGGCCAGCACAAAGUCGUACUCAUCGUCAUAUAUAAAUAUCUAACGCUACUUCACUGCAGCCCUUUACCGUUGCAGACCGACCAAUGCCGGAGUGGAUCACCGAUUCUUCGGAGGAUUGGACUGGUAAUAGGUGAAGCUUCUUCUUCCUAUUCACUCGCCGCCGCCGUCGCCGGUGCCCUUCUGCUACUCCAGUUUCUUGGAGUUUUAUGUUACUGGUCACUUCUAAUUUCUCAUCAUACUCAGUCUCUCGCUCGAGAGCUCAUUAGUCACUGCUUCGUAACGGCCGUUGUCGUAAAGCAGAGUCGACAGACGAAGUAUCUCCAUUAAUCCGGUGAUCUACAGCCAAAACGGCAGGGAGCGUCAAGAUUCUACCAAACAUUAGCUGACAUUCUUUAACGGUAGAUCCUGACGCCGAUGCCUUUUACGGUGGAUUCUUUAUGAUCUUCCUGCUCCACUGAGAAUCUGAGAUAGAUUUUACAUUGAUCGAUUUCCUUUUUUUAACUUUCUUGGUCCGUCAAUGAAGAUCUUUACUAGGCGUCACUCUUCUUUUCUCUUUGCUCUCGUUUCAGGUUUUGUACUUCCCUUGCUGGUUGCUUCCGUCGGCAUCAACUACGGUCAGAUCGCGGACAAUCUCCCCUCGCCGGAAAAAGUCAUCCCUCUGCUUCGAUCGAUCGGCGUCAAUAAAGUAAAGCUGUAUGAUGCAGAUCCUCGAGUACUUCAUGCCUUCGCCAACACCAGUAUUGAAUUCGUUGUCGCCGUCGGGAACCAAUACUUGGCGAAGAUGAGAGAUCCGGAGAAAGCUCGAUCUUGGGUGAAAACGAAUGUGCAGCCGUUCUUGCCAGCAACCAAAAUCACUUGCAUCACCGUAGGGAACGAGGUUUUAACACUUAAUGACACAUCUUUGACGGAGAACCUCCUCCCUGCAAUGCAGAGCGUUCACGCUGCACUUGUAAGCCUAGGCUUAGACAAGCAGGUCAGUGUUACAACUGCGCACUCGCUGGCGGUGCUCGAGAACUCCUAUCCACCUUCCGCCGGAUCUUUCCGCCAAGAUCUAACGGAGUACAUCUCUCCUAUCUUAAACUUCCAUGUGAAAACCGGUUCCCCCUUCCUCAUCAACGCAUAUCCGUUCUUCGCAUACAAGGGGAACCCAAAACAGGUCUCUCUCGAUUUCGUUCUGUUCCAGCCAAACCCAGGGGUUGUGGAUCCGGGCUCUAACCUCCGGUACGACAACAUGUUGUUCGCUCAGAUGGACGCCGUGUACUCUGCGCUCUCGUCGGUGGGAUUCAAGAAACUGCAGGUGCAGAUUUCGGAGACUGGAUGGCCUUCCAAGGGUGACGAAGACGAGGUGGGCGCGACUCCGGAAAACGCAAAAAAGUACAACGGGAAUCUGAUGAAGCUGGUGGCUCUGAAGAACGGGACGCCAUCGAGGCCAAACUCUGAUUUGAAUAUUUACGUUUUUGCUCUGUUCAACGAGAACAAGAAGCCGGGGCCGACAUCAGAGAGGAAUUACGGACUCUUCAAACCUGAUGGGACGCCGGCGUACGAGCUUGGAAUCGGCAGUACUACUGGAAGCGGUAACAGCAGUAACACAGGAAGUACCGGCGGUGGCGGACAUUCUGCAGCUCCGCCUUCGCCGACAAGUUCAUCAACCGGUUACUUGUCUAUAUCUUCUGCCGCGAUGGCUAUCAAACUUGAUUGUGUCUUCUUUCUUAUUAGUUUAGUUCUAAUUGUUACGCCGUUAUGGAGUUGGGGCGUUUGAUGGUGAUGAGACUACAGAGUUACAGUAGUCGUCGGAAAGUGAGAUCAGGUCCACUGUCGUGUCCAGUGUCCAGUGUCCAGUCACAGUCCACAGCCCACAGUCCACAGUCCAUACUCCACAUCACAUUAUAACGGUUGCGCACUUUUCUGAGGCACAUUUUAGCAAGAAGGCUGGUAGUGUGAUUGUGCGAAUGUGUGCUUACUGAUUAGUAAUUACUGAUGACUUCUAGAAAAAAAAAAAAGGCUCAGAUUCCAUGCUUAAAUUACUGAAAAAUAUCCCAUGUGUGGUGUAUGGUGUUUAGCUGGAAGCAUGGUUUGAGGUAUCAGGUAUCGCACAAAAAUCCUCUAUAAUCAAUUUAUCUGAGAUCAUACUUGACAUAA